AUCUUUUAAUUAUUGUACUCGUCAAUUCGUAAUGUUUCAAAUUGACAAUAAUUUGUAAGGCUUCGAAUUUCGCGCUUUAUUGUGUUUUUCUAUUUAUUUUAUUAUCGUCUUCUCUUGAGGGCGAUGUUUAAAAUGUUGGAGAGCUGACAGUAACUUGGGAUUUUCUAUGUCCGUCGGAAUAUGUCGGAGUAUUUUGUAUCCGUUUAUGUUUGGUGUAUAAAAUCGUGGCAUGUGUUGUGCUUAGCUGUGAUUUGAAAAUUAUGUUCAAUAUAUUUGGCCGAACGUUGCUGUUUUUGUAGUAAUUUGAUGUAGAAAAAGCAACACAAUAUGAAGACGACUAAUUUAAGUAGCAUUGGUGAUCAAAGUUGCUCCUGCACUUCUUGCACAUACAAAAGUGAGGCCGAUCACCCGUCAUUGAGACGUAUAAUUUCUCAAGGAACUCGUAUUGAUCGUCUUUACUAUGGAAAGUAUAUUCCGCUUCGUGAAAAAAAACUUCUCGAAAAACUAGUUAGAACUAGAGGUGUAUAUGACGACAUAAGAGCACAAUUAAUAUCUAAUAGUACAAUAAGCCUUGAACCGAAAGCUGUAUUAAAACCUCCUGUGAAAUUAUUUCCAAAAAAAAUAAAAAAUAGACAAUAUUCUAAAGAGAUAUUGAAAUUGGUUGAUUUAGUUGAUAAAGGCGAGAAAUUGGAGUCUAAAGAAUUAAGCGUAUGUUGUAGCUGUUGUACUUGCUCUUCUAAAUACGAUGAUCAUUAUAAACAUAUCGAUAAGGAAAGACUAAAACGUACCUACCAUGGUGGUCACAGGCACAGGCAUGUCAAAGAUAAAAUUGGUGAUUACAGAAAAAGAGCAGUGCGAUUCAAAACAAAACACAUCAAAUCUGAUCCUUGUACUUGUACAUUUAAAUUCAGCGGUAUGCUCAAACAUCUGUCUAAGGGGCCAAAAAUACUGGGUUAUAAUCCUGUACCAUUUACCGAUUUCAAACCGACUUUUGAUGACGAAAUAAAUCAAAGACUCGAAAAAAAUAGCUAUUUAUCAUUUCUAUCCAACGAAAACUUACGAAAAUCCAAAACACAUCUAAAAGAGAUUAUGUUGGAAGGAAUAAGAAAGAUCAGCGAAUCAAAAUUAAAAAUUGGAGAAAAACUUGAUCUGCAUGAAAGAAAAUCCUUAGAAAAAAUUAAUAAAUUAAAAAAUAAUAUAAAAUCUAAAGUAAAGGUUCAUAAAGUUCAAAAAAAGAAUAGUGGAACAAUAUGUAAAUGUCCUGAAAACAAUUUACUAUUGCAUAUAAAAAAAGAUUCUAUAAGCAAAUUUAAGGAUGACUUAAAACGAAAAAAAGUCUUAAAAAACUGGGAGUGUCAUUCAGAGUGUGUUGAAGAUAUCUGUAUUCCAGAAGAGUGCUAUGUCAAGCUAAAACAUAAACGUUCACGAUGUAAAAAUAUUGAAUGCAACUUAAUAGUUCCAGAUAAAACGAUUCGGGAACCAUUAAUUAAACCUAUCAUCAAAGUUCAAUCAAAACAAGAACCUGCUACUAUAUUGAAAAAAACGAACAAACAAAAUCUUCGUUUACGAGCACAACAAACCUUUGUGAGGGCCAAUCCUUGGCGGCGUUUUAUUAGCGAGAAAGAGAAAAUAUCUAAAGAAGCACAUGAAAAUAUUAAAAAAGAAAACUUUAAGAAAAAUGCACUUAUGCCGGGUAUUUCCAUUACAAAUAAAACUAAAGCUAAGAAUCAGAAUAUAGGUCCACCUCGUGAAAAUACAAGUCGACAACAAAUCGUACGAAUAGGGUCAUCUUUUAAUUUUAACAUAGACCUUUAUAAAAAGAAAGGUGAACCUAAUACAAAUAUAUCUCGAUUAAAUUUACAAAGGUUGCCUGAUAUAACAAAACAAUCACUACUUAAGUACGAUCAUAGAGAUAAAAAAAUACCUAAAAAUGUACAUCGCCGUCGACGAGGUUCACAAAUAAAAUUGAAAUAUACAAUGACGAAUACAAAAACAGGUGACAAUAAUUCGAAGAGCUGCUCGUCGUUCUGUCCUCGAAAAUUGAUACCCAAAAGAAGAAAACCAAAAAGUAUCGUUAGUAUGAACAAAAGUACGACUACAAAAGAAUCCUUAUCAACAUUCAAUGUUGUCAACGAUAAUGUUGAAAGACAUACUUAUUAUACACAUCAGGAGAUAAUUAAAUUACAAAAAAAUGGACAAAAAAGGUUUAAGAAAAAACAAAUAUUGCUACCGUAUGAAUGUGAACCUAACGUUUGUAUACCAGAUAUUUGCGACCCUUACAAAUGCCUCAAAUUAAUAAACACUAGGAACACAAAAAGAAAAGAGCUGUCAGUGCAGUACGACUCUGUAGCUAACCUGUCUCAAACUGGAAGACCUAAAUCUAUUUCAAGUUCAACAUCAAUGCCUCAUCCAUCCCUAAAAACUAAAUUUGUAAAUUCUAAGACCAUAUACAAAACUAAAAAAAAUAAAUUAAAUAAAAUAAAAAAUACAAAAAGAAAUAUUAAUCAAACAAGUGACAGUAAAUGUGACCGCCAAGUCGUUCGAAUUGGUUCGAAUAUCAGUUUUAAUUUAGAAUUUUAUAGAACAAAAUAUCCUUAUCAUAUUAGCUCGCCUAAUUUAAAAAUAUUGUCAAACGGAAUUAAUGUGAAAUCGAAUAAAAAGUCAGGGAGUGAAAAAGUUCUAGGAGACAAAUCAACUACUCCUAUUAACAACAAUCUGUAUAAAAAAGCUGGAAUUGGUAGUACUCUCAAAAGAUGUUUUUGUACAUUGAAACUUCAGGAGAAAAAAAAAAUUAAAAGAAAGAAAAUGGUUACAAUAGGAACUAAUAUUGUAAAUGAUAUGUAUUCAAACGCUAUAGUAACUUACAAUAAAAGUACUAAAACAAAGAAAGAUUUACCUUUAAAUUAUUUUGAAUGUGAACCAUUUGUGUGUAUUCCAGGAUCAUGUGAUCCUUAUGAAUGCUUAGAUCGGAUUAAUAGAAAGCGUUUGAAAGAAGUUGGUUCAGUUACGGAUCCUCAAGAAAAAAUAUCUGUUUCCAGCACUACAUAUUUGAAAAAAUCCUUAAGAGCUAUUCAGAUACAAUCAAAACCUCAAUCAAAGGACCGUAAGACGUCGGCGAACACAAAAAACAAUACUAGUGAAAUUAAAGAAUAUUUAACUAGAGGUAUUUCUAAUCAAGCAGUAAAAAUUGGAUCAUCAUUUAGUUUUGACAUAAAAUUCUUUAAGACCAAUAUACCUGCAAAUAAAUUAACUUCUAAACCGCAUAUUGAACAGAAAACGAAGAUGCGUACUAGAAUUAAAAAAAUUGGUCAAACAAGAAAUAAUAGCAAAUUAAAUGUUGGUAAUAUAACUACGCAGUCAAAACAAAAAGAUAAAGUUAAUAAAUCUACUAUGCCUGGUCAUUUAAUAAAAAGAUGUUUUUGUACACUAAAUUUGCAAAAAUACUCUAAAAAUCAAAAUGGAAAACAGAAAAUUUUAACAACACCUAUGUUUCCCAGGGAAUAUACGAUAGCUACGACAACACUCAAUCCAAUUUUGAUUUGCCAAAAGCAUUUAAACGAUUGUAGCAAGCAUUCGGGUAAAAAAACAAACAGUAUAAGUGGCUCUAGCCCAAUUCUACUUCAGUCAACACAAUGUCAAGAAAGUUUAAUGGUUGUAGAAAAACAGUCGCAAUGUUAUAGCAUAAAUCAUAUAGGUGAUCAUAAAUGGGAAUCGAGUUUGAGUUUUAUAGAAGAGAGACUGGUGUCAUUAAACCAAAGGAAAAUCACAAACCUAAGUCAAUAUAUACGACAAAAUUUUUGCACAAUGAAUUUACAAUUAAUAAAUAAGAAUGUUUACGAAAAAAAUCCAAAAACUUCAAUUUCUUCUGGUAAUGGUAGAGUUAAGGAAUUCUCGAAAGGCAACAAAUCCUCUGUUCGAUUAGGAUCUAACUUCAGUUUUGAUAUAGCGUUCAGUAAACACCUACCUUCAUCUAAAUAUUCCUCUAAUACGGAAUUAUAUAAACCAAUAAAAGAUAACUCAAAAAGAGUAAAAACUAUUGGUACAAUAAGAAAUUACAAUACAAACUUUGACCGACAAUCGCAAUCAACAUAUAACAAAUUGAUUCAUAAAGGAUCAGCUGCUAUGCCUAUUGCAAAAAGAUGUUUUUGUACGCUAAAGUUACAUAAAAAAGGCAGAAUGCCCAUGAAAAACAAUAAAAAGCAGGUAAAUAUAAAAUAUGUAUCAAAAACACCAAACAACACAAUCAGUAGAGGACAAAACACUGAUUUUAAGCCCAUGAAAAUAGCACAUUCAUUAAAACCUUAUGAAUGUGAACCAAAUAUAUGUAUCCCCGGUCAUUGUGAUCCUUACCAGUGCUUAGAAAUAAUGAAAAAAAGAAAAAAAGGAAAUUCCUUACUGCCAUAUGAAUGUGAACCAAAUAUAUGUAUCCCCGGUCAUUGUGAUCCUUACCAGUGCUUAGAAAUAAUGAAAAGAAGAAAAAAAGGAAAUUCCUUACUGCCAUAUGAAUGUGAACCAAAUAUAUGUAUUCCAGGUCAGUGUGAUCCUUACCAGUGCUUAGAAAUAAUAAAAAGAAGAAAUCUCCAUAAGCAUACGAAAGAAUCUGGUAUAGUAACAGUACAAACUAAAAAAUCUGCGUCUAGUAUAACUACUGAUAAUCAUUCUAAAAGUACACAGAAAAGUUAUAAAUUAAAAAUGAAAACAAAGGAAAAUUCUGUGAAACUAUCUCCAAGAACUUUUGGAUCCGAAUCCGGUGUUGUUCAGCCUUCGAAGCAAGUAGUACGAAUAGGCUCAAAUUUUAGCUUUAAUAUAGAAUUUUUUAAAGAUCAGGGCUCACCAUCAAUUAUACAAAAAACUACCAAAGAUUUCAAAGAUAAUAAACAAAGAAAAAUCAAUUUCACAGAAAAAGGUAUAACCACACCUAUAGAUACAAAAUUAAGACGACAUAAGGUCACUGAAAUAGAAAAAUCUCCAAAUCGAAUGGCUUCGACGAUGACAUCAUCAUUCUUGAAACGUUGUUUUUGUACCGCCCAACUCAAGAAGGAUUCUGGGAAAGAGCCUGCAUUUUUAAAAAAAUGUUUGUGUUUAAUGAAAUUUCGGAAACCUUUUGCAGUAAAUAAUGAAGGAAUUCAUAUAAGUAAGGUACAGCAUGUAGAUAAAAAAAUUAAUACUAAAAAUGUAAAAUCGAGGGGAUAUCAACUUUCUCCUUAUGAAUGUGAACCUGGCAUUUGUAUACCAGGGGAAUGUAAUCCAUACGAGUGCGAAAAAAUUAUAAAGAAAAGAACAAAGUCAAAGUUAUCUAGUACUGCAGAAAUUAAAGAUUCACGUUCUGUUUCUAUUGAUAGUCAGAAGCUUAUAACGAAAAAUGCUAAAAUACAAUUUAAAAAUAGGGAAAAAUUUAAAGCUAUCAAGACUCGUGAUCUUUCGGAGUCAUCUUUAAAACAAUCUGAUCGGCAAGUGGUAAGAAUUAGAUCAAAUUUUAGUUUUAAUAUAGAAUUUUAUAAAAAUAAACCGUCAAGGUACCUUAUGAAACUACCAUCGAAUCAACAAAAAGAUGUAAUUCGAAAAAAACUGAACAACCAGCAAUCCGAGAUAAUUGCAACUCGUACACAGAGGUCUCAGGUAGAUCCAAUUCACAAAAUGGAUCGUUCGACAGAAAAGAAACAUUUUUUAAAACGUUGUUUUUGUACACUGCAACUUCAUAAUCAAUAUUCAAAUAUACCUAAAGAAAAAAUUGAGAAAAAGAAAAGUAACAAAGAUAUUCAAUUACGUAAUAAAAGUGUAAUGACAAAAGAACCUAAACGUCCUGAAAUUAAUCUUAAAGAUUAUGAAUGUCCUCCCAACAUCUGUGUUCCGAACCAAUGUGAUCCCUACGAAUGUGAGAGAAUUAUAAGAAUGAGAAGGAUGCAACAGGGAUAUAAAGAAUUUGGAAUGUCGACCAGGAGCCCUAAAAAGUCUAAUGCUAGUAGUACAACACAUUCGGUGAAAAAAUAUAAGCAAACUACUCAAACAGUGGGUCAUCAAAAAUACCAUAAAAACACAAAUUACAAUACAAAGUGGAAAGAAGUAAGCUCAACACAAAGAGUCAAAAUCGGCUCUAGUUUUGAUUUUAAUAUUGAAUUUUACAAAAAUAAAAAUAAUCGUGGUCUUGAAAUCAAUAAACAACCUAAACCUACACGUACCAAACGAAAACAUCAAACUAAAAGAAAGGUUAGCAAUGCCAAAACACAAAUGCAGAAACAAGUAAAAUUUGCAAAAAAUGGUGACAAAAAGACUAGGUCUCAAUCAACAAUGGUUAAUGUUUCACCUACGCUCAAAAGAUGUUUUUGCACUUUGUUUAUGAAAUCUGCCAAGGAGAAGGGUAAAAUUAAAAAACAAAACACUUCUAGUGUUGGUACAGAAACUCAAAAACCGUUUGUGCCACAUACAAGUACAUUGUUGCCGUACGAAUGUGAACCACAAACAUGCAUACCUGGAGAAUGUGACCCUGUUAAAUGCUUAGAGCGAAUUAUGAAAAGAAAUAAAAAUUUUGGAGGAAAUACAAAUUUUUCACAAACAAAAUCUAGUGCUGGUACAAUGACCCCCGGAAAAGCAAAAUUUAAGACACAAAAAAGUCAGUUUAAAGCACUAAGUAAGGGUGAAUUUCAAACUAAAAAUAAAAGAAAAAAAGAAAAAACAGAACAGGUCGUGAGAAUUGGGUCUAAUUUUAAUUUUAAUAUUGAGUUUUAUAAAGAUAAUAAUACGCCAUACGAAACGAAUAAUGUUACAAACCCAAAGAAUAUACGCAAUCAAAAAAAAGUACACAGUGGCAUAACAAAAAAAGACUAUAAACAAAACCAAUCAAAGAAAUCGUUUCGUACCGCCGAAUCUCAUCUGCAAAAAAAAGCGUGUGAUAAACAAGUCGAUACGACUUGUCCACAAUUAAAAACGAUGUUAAAAGAAAAACAAACAAAUGUUAAAAAUAUCAAACCACCCACUUUUUUAAAAAGAUGUUUUUGCGCCUUAAAAUUACAUAAGUUAAGAAAUCGCCACAAGAAUGCUGCGACUUCAUUUGACCAUGAAAUUAAAAAACAAGAAUUUCCACCACCGCCGAAACAAAGUAUUGCUAUAGAACAAAAAUUAUUACCUUAUGAAUGUGAACCAAAUGUAUGUAUACCUGGCCAAUGUGACCCUUAUGAGUGCGAAAAACGCAUAAAAGCUCGUGAAUUAUGUAAUCGAAAUAAAUGUGAUAAAAAAUGUUAUAUGACGCAAGCAUCGCAAAAUAUAUGUACCCAGAUAAAAAAUCCAUGUUCAAAUAAAUGUAUUGGUAUAAGACCAGACGAGUAUAAAAUUAGAAAACAACAAUCAUCUUUAACUCGCUCUGUAACAACAAAAAGAACAGUAAAUGAACCGAGAUAUGUCACAAAUUUAAAUAAUCAAGCUGUAAAAAUUGGCUCGAAUUUUAGUUUUAAUGUAGAAUUUUACAAAAAAGGUACACCAACGACAACACCUAUUGCACUUGAACGUAAUGAGCGUAAAAGUACUGUUGAAAAUGGCCAGGAUAAAAAUAUUAUCACCAAGUCAGCAUUUAGACGUAAUCAUGGAUCUCAAGCAAUGGUUACAUCAGAAGAUAAGACAUUAGAUGUACAAAAUGAAUUAAAUAGAUGUUUUUGCACUUUAAAAUUACAAAAAAAUAGCCAAUCAAGAUACCGUAAAAAAAAAUUAAAUAUAUCAAGUAAACCCCCUUCGUAUCCACAAACCUUUGAAGUAAGAAGAGUGUCGUUUCAACCAAAUCCUAAAAUAACAACAAAGUAUAAACAUACGCCAGUGAGAUCAGUUUCAACUCGGAUAAAUGAAAAGUAUUUAAAAGAAAAUCAAUACUUUUGUCCGUGUAGAGAUCUUACAAAUACAACUGAAAUGGAAACGAUCCUGCCAUUUGCACCAAAUAAAUUUAAAGACACCACUAGUAAGACGUUUUUUCCUGUACAAAAUGAAAAUAAAAAAAGAAAGGAAACAAAGCAAGGUUUUAAAUUAAAUAAGAAGAAAAGUAAAAGACACUUAAAUUAUAAUAAAAAGUUGCUUAAAGAUCACGAAGGAAGUAUUCAUCAAUCACGAGUAAGAAGCGUUGCUAAUAUUAAAGAAUUUUUGUGCCGAUGUGCUGGCGUUUUUUCAAGAAAAGAGAAAACUAAUAAUGUAAUAAAUACUACAAAUUAUAGUGGAAAUAAUCGUGAAAAUGAAAAUAAUAUGUAUAAUAAUGAACCAAAGCCUGAAGGUGAAUAUACGUACUUUGACAAUCUAAGGAGCUCUAAAAGUGAUCGAAGACCAAUCGGACAAAUUGUACAUCAAAAUACGAAAGUCAGGAAAUCAAAGAGUCUAAAAUUAGAUAAUCAAAAACGAAAUGAUAGGAAGAAGAAUAUUAAGGAAAGUAACAAAGUUAACAAAAGUUCAAAAUAUGCUAAGGUACCUGAUGCUGAUAUAAAUAUGUCAAUAAAACAAAAUAAAAAUAAUGACGGAGUAUUGUGUUCCCAUUGUAAAAUUAAAAUACAAAAGAAUAAAACCAGUCCACCAAAAGUACACUUUGAUGACAGACAACCUAAGUUAGAUUCUCUCGGUGGAACGAAAAGUAUAAAGAAAUCAUUGAAAUCUGUGAAAAAACAACAGAAGAAAGAUGCAAAUCUUAAAGAAGAUGACAACUGUGCAAGUUGUAAUUCUUGUGGUAGGAGAUUUAAUAAAGAAGAGUUACAAAAAGCAGCAGGUGAUCGUUUGAUCGAAAUUGAAAAAAUAAUGAAUCCUCAUAAAAUGAAAGAUUUGUUUAAUAAGCACAUUAGACAUAAAAAUAACACUAUAAAUACCAGUGAGCAACACGAAAUAAGUCCCUUAUUUGAAAUGCAAUUAAAUAGGAGUGACUAUGACAUUAUAAACAAAGAUGAAGUUAUUGAUAAUGUUACUAAAUUAAGUAAAAUAAGUGUAAAAGAUAAACCAAAAUUGACUAAGCCUCAUAAAAAAUCUUGUUCAUGUUGUAUAUGUCGUCCUAAAAAAAUGAAAGGAAAUUAUCGAGAAAAACCAUGUACAUGUGGCAGUUUUAUUUGCUCUAAAAAAAGUCAGAAAAUGAAGAAAGAUUCACUAAAACACAAGUAUAUAACACCCCGGAAACCAUGUGUUUGUGGUAGUCCGAUUUGUGGCCGUGAGUCUGAAGCUAUGAGAACUUUAUCAUCUCGUCCCGGCAAAAUAACGUGUGUAUGUCAGAGAGAAAAAGAAAAGAGAGAAGAAAAACACAAGGCUAUUAUUAGGAAAAAGCAAAAGGAAGACGAUCUUAUUCGUAAAAAAUAUCGAUUGCAACGAGAUAGAGACAUGGAAAAAAGAAUUAAUAAAAACUCAAGCGAUUUAAUUUUAGCAGCUGAAUCUUUAAUCGACAUUGGUAAAUUAGGAAUAACAGCUUGCGCUGAUAUCUUACGUUCAAUCGCCAGAAUGACUUCAGACCCCAAGCAGGCUUACUCCACUCUUAAAUCUAUGAAAGAAGAUCCAGAGCUUAUAAUAGGUACUAUGCAAUCAGCAUUCGCGGAUAGUGGUGUUGCUGCGACGGCAAAACGGGUUAGAUUAAGGUGUUUAUCUAUGAGAGGUGUAAAACAAAUUAAAAACAUACUAGAACAAUACGCAGUUACAAAUUUUUUAUUACAUAUUGCUGAUAAAGACCCGAAACGACGCAUACUUCGUAAAAAGACAUCAAGCCGUGUUCGUGAACGACUUGACUUUGGGUGCAGCCUGUACAUGGGUUCUCUUAGAAAAAGGCCAUAUUUAUCAGUAUAUGACAGAUGGCCAUGGUUUUAUCCUCACUUUCUGGCUCUUCUCAACGUGUAUAGGCAGUUCAGGGAUAUAUUAUUAUUUUUGCUAGCAGUUGUUGUAUGGAGUCCUUGUAUUUUCUGUAUGGAAGCUUGUCGGGCUAUAAUGUGUUGCUUUUUCUGUACUGGAUAA